AUGAAAAAUCACACUCAUAUUUGCUUGAGGAGCCUAGACAAUCUUGUAGGGUUCAGUUUCAUAUUUCACAACUGACAGCCAUUCCAAUCCCUGGUAUAAUGUGACACUUUGCGUUGAUGGAUAACUCAGCCUGCCCCUAUCCUAGCUGUGAUGUUCUGAGUCUAUCCCAACUGCUUUCGCUGCAAGCUGCAGUCCGGGCUACUGCGUCUGUUUCUCUGCUAGCUUGUCUUCUUGUGAUUGCAAGUUAUGCCUUCAGCACUCUCUUUCACACCCCACUGAAUCGACUGAUUUUCUAUGCGACAUGGGGCAACCUUCUAGCACACGUGGCGGAGUUGAUAGCGUGGUCGGGACCUAGGGCUGGGAUUACCAGUUCACUCUGCAAAUUCCAGGCAUUUUUCAUUGAAUGGUUUACAUCAGCUGAUGCUCUCUGGAAUCUAUGUAUCGCCAUCAAUGUCUAUCUGGUUAUAUUCCGCCACUAUUCCAUACCAGAAUUACGAAAAUUGGAAUGGAAAUACUUUCUUUUCUGCUACGGAUUCCAGUUUAUCCCUGCGCUUGUAUUCCUUUUCAUCAACACAGAAUCCAGAGGGAGAAUCUAUGGCGAUGCAAUCACUUGGUGCUGGAUCAGCGAUCAAUGGGGCAUACUUCGCCUUAGCGUAUAUUUUGGUCCCAUUUGGUUCUCAUUCGUGGUCAUCCUUAGUAUUUAUAUUGCUGCCGGCAUAAAGAUCUACAUCAUUGAAAGAGGGAUUAAGAAUUUCGCUGCAUAUAAUUAUCCCGUCUUGGAUGCCACAUCGCCCGACGCUUUAGAUGAGCAGCUCUCUGGAAACCCGCCACCUGGCGAUGAUCAAUCCACUUCCAUCAACCGCGUGGAACCUGUGUCUGGGGGACAGCAGAUAAUUGAGACUCAACCUUCCCGCCUACAUGGGUCAAAACCUGCGAAUCAAGCAUCGCCUAACAGUCAAGCUCCCACAGUGGACUUCUCAAUCGGUUCUAUGUCGCUGCAGACUCAAAACCGAGCCACAAGCAAACAUGAACCGGUUUCUCCAAAUAAUUCGGUGUCUAGCAGACCAACAAUUGCUGGAGGAUCUGGCGACGCACCUCAGCAAGAGCCCCCCGAAGAAAGUUCUGACAAUCUAGAGUCACUACCUGGGGCAGCUAAUUUGACGCAUCCCACAAGUACUGGGGCUAUGGCAGACCUAGAAAGCCAAUUGAGCGCACAGACGCCGGGGUCAGAGGAAACUACGACUCGAAGAGGCUUUACCGAAAGGAAAGCAGCCAGAGCUUAUGCCAAGCUCGCAAGUCUAUAUUUCUUGUCUUUACUUGUCACCUGGAUACCCCCAACGUCAAAUCGGACAUACAUAUUCGCACACCCGGCCAGCCCUAGCUUCGCACUAUUGCUUGCUUCGGGCGUCGCGGUGGCACUACAAGGAUUCUGGAACGGUGUCAUCUUUUUUAGCACCUCGUGGGAUGCGGUUAAAUCCUCCUACAAAACCUUGAAAUCGCCUCAUAACUGGUCUAUGCCGGCACUCUUCAGAAGACCUUUCAUAUUCCUCCACUUUUUAAACGCACUAAUACGGGAAGGAAAAAUCAGACCUAGGCUUUCGUCGAAGUGAUCAGGGGUAGGGUAUUAUUGAAGUUCGACCUCUGACUCGCUAAUGAGUUUUUUGCAUUUUGCAACCCCAAUUUAUGCUGAGCUCACCGAAAAUAUAGACACCAUGUGCCUUCCAUCUCUCUAAUUGCUUACCAGCGGCCCUGCCUCGUCAAAAAAGAGAGAAAAGGAAAAAGGGAAGAAAGAAAAGAAAGUCGCAAAGCACAUAAAGA